UAAGUCUAAAUCGUAAAGAUGUAGGAAAAAUAAAAAAAUUUGGUCCCACUUAUCUCUGAGAUGUUCUUCUCCCAGCGCUUUAUCUCUUUUCUAUGUCUACGAUGAAACUGUACCUUCCCAAUUUCUCAAUUUCAAGAAUUGAAAACAUACUUCAUUGGAGAGAGAUACAAAAACAAUGCAUUUGGGGCACGUUUCUUUCAAUCUUGGUUUGUGAGCAUUGGUAGGAACUAGGAAGAAGUAAAAUGCUAAAGAUGAUGCUAGGUUGUUCUAAGGUGUACAUAUCUGAAAGCCGAAACAAGGCUGCAUUGGCCUCGAUUGAACAAGCUGUCAAGCAAUUUCCGGAGGCUGUUAUUAUUAAUAAGUUUGAGGAUGAUACGUAUAACAGGGUUGGGUAUACCCUUGUCUCUAAAUUGGCUCCAGUGACAUCGUUGGACUCGUGUCCCUUGAAGAAUGCUGUGUUUGCGAUGGUGAAAGCUGCUUUUGAUGCUAUUGACCUUGGCCUGCACCAAGGGAGUCAUCCGCGGCUUGGUGUCGUGGAUCAUAUAUGUUUUCACCCCUUGGCCUCUUCUACACUUGAUCAAAUUGCGGGAACUGCAAAAUCUGUGGCGGCUGAGGUUGGCUUAAGGCUUCAAGUCCCCACUUUCUUAUAUGGAGCAGCUCAUGAGGAGGGAAAAUCACUUGAUUCUAUCCGGAGGGAUUUGGGGUAUUUCAAGCCUAAUCUUGGUGGAAACCUGUGGGCAGGUGGCCUGCAGUCAAAUGUUCUGCCCCUGAAGCCAGAUGAAGGUCCAACUGAAGCAAUUGAAGCAAAAGGAGUAGUUGUAAUUGGGGCUACUAGAUGGGUUGAUAACUACAAUAUCCCGGUCCUCUCUGGUGAUAUUGCAACUGUUCGUAGAAUUGCCAAGAGAGUAAGUGGAAGAGGAGGUGGCCUUCCUUCGGUGCAAUCUAUGGCACUUGUUCACGGUGAUGUAACAGAGGUGGCUUGUAACUUGUUGGAGCCGACCAAAGUUGGUGGCACUCAAGUUCAGCAUGAAGUAGAGGCACUUGCAGGGGAAGAGGGUGUGGCAGUUGGGAAGGGAUAUUUCACUGAUUUUUCACAGGAACAGAUUAUUGAAAAUUAUUUGAAACUAGGUUAUCAUUGAUAGAUUAAUUCCCGUGCAAGGGAAUUUUAUUGUUGUGGUUUUAUAGUUGCCAAUAUAUGAAUUCAGACUCAGCUAAUCCGUAAAUGUAAAGGGUCCUCAAUAUACUGUAUCUUUGUUGAAAAUC